AUGAGUGGAUCAAAAGAUCACGACGAGUGGAAUCCUCGUUUAAUUGAAAAUACUUGUGAUGAACCUGAAGCUGCUCUACAACCACUUGAAGAUUAUCAAGAGUUAGAACUCAUUUCCCUCGAAGAAGCUAUUGAACCAAUAAAAUCAUUGUUUCGUAAUUUACCUCGUGACGUUUGGAUUGCUAAAAAUGCAUCAAAGAAACCAGGCGAUGGUCUUUCUUCUGAUGAGUCUGCUGCUAUUCAUCUUUACACCAUGGAAGUAAAAGCUCGAAGCCUGUAUUCAAUUUUGAAUGAGAUGUUACGAGAUAGAGAUCGUCAAAAACUAAAACCAUGGUUCCCUUAUCUCAAAUUAUUUCUUACUGCGCUUUUUAAAAUACGACCAUGCUCAGUGAAAGUAAUCUAUCGUGGUGUUAAGGCUGAUCUUCACAUGAAAUACCAUGAUGGUGAACGCUACAUAUGGUGGGCUUUCUCUUCGUGUACUCUAUCACUCAAAGUUCUCCAACGACCCAUGUAUUUGGGUGAUUCAGGCCCAAGAACUCUCUUCAAUAUGGAAUGUAUGAAUGGGAAAUCCAUCAAACCACAUUCAUAUUAUAAGACAGAAGAUGAAAUUUUGCUUCUACUCGGCUUUUAUUUCGAAGUUGUAAGUAAAGUGAAUGCAGGCAAUGGUUUGUACAUCAUCCAUGUUCAAGAACUCAUUCCACCAUAUGUUUUUCUUGAGCCGCCAUUUUCGAAUGAUUUACCAACUGCUCUACAUCAAAUCAAUAUACAAUCAGGUAAAAAAUCAUUUCGUAGAAAUAAAACCCGUGUAGUUUAG